AAUUCCUCGGCUUCACCUCGUUCAACGAGUUCUACUUCACGAACGACGACCGGGUGCGGAAGGGGGAGUCGUGGCAGUUUGCCGUGUUUCCGGAAAACGCGAGGGUCCGGACUGGGCAGGAACAGAUUCUCCCCAAGUUGAAGAUCUACCACCACUAUCCGAACGCCCUCAAGUUCGACUGGGCGUAUUUGGACGACAAAACUUACUACGCCUUCGGCAACAGCUAUGUAAAGACGAGUAAGAAGCCCGCGCCGCGAAAGGGCGUGGCCGGGUCGAACGCGAACUACUAUGACACGCGGCUGAAAUUCGGCGAAAACAUCCUGAACGAGCAGCCGGAGGGAAUUCCCGCGAACCUCGGCGCGCAGCCGUUGUCGGACCCGGUUUAUGCCCAAGUUUCCACGGUGCAGGCGCUCAACACCGGACUGGCAGAAACCGGCUACGUGCACCCGGGCUUCAACCAACAGACGUUCGAGCGUCAGUGCAUCGCGAUUCCGGAGAAGAAGAGCUGCGGCACCAAUAUCGAGUCGAAAUACUCGGAGAAGAUUGUGUUGGAUCGCAACCCGGACGGGACGCCGUUGCGGGUCCGAGAGAUUCUCACCAACGGCAUUCCCAACCACGAGUACGACAAUGCCGUCGAGGAGACGAAUCCGACGCUGGCCUGCGAGCAGCCGACAAAGUUCCGGCUGCCUCUCUACCCGAAGGUCGAGUACCACGGCAUUCACACGAAGGUGGGCGAGAUCACGGGGAUUCUGCGAACGGGAGGCUUUGUUCUGAACCACCGGCAGCAGCACAACCCGACCUCGACGUUGGAGAAGACAACGAAGGGCGUCGCGAUGCACAUCUCGGUCGAGGGCAAGCUCCUCGACACCUGCAACGCGCACAGCAACUACUACUGCCACUACGGCUACCACUCGUUCGUGAAGCGCGACGAGUGCGCGCCGGACUGCCAGUGGCGGCCGUGCAAGUUGAUCGGGUUCAUGCUGGACGGGUUCCCCAUCUAUUCGCAGUGCCAAAAUCUGAAGUCCUGCUACCACCUGAAACUGGUGCAGGAAGACGGGGUGUACGGCGACUCGAUCUCCGACUUCGUCUACGACCCGGUCGGCGAGAGGUACGGGAAGCCGUGCGACCUGGACGACGCGAACGGCAUGGACUUCACGGGCAAGGGCAUUCUCGACAAUUUCGGGGUCGAAAUCGCGGGCUACGCGUACGUGGCGACGGACGAGUACCCUUUCGUGCCCCCGAUGUUCCGCGGCGUUCCGGUGAAGUACGGGAGCGUGGAUUACCACGACAUGGACGACAGUCGCGACAUUCCGUGCAACUCGCCCGUGCUGUGCCCGAAGGACGUGACCGCGACGGACCACUUCAGCGACGAGGAGCUCGCGGUCGCGAUGACGCACGGCUGGACCAACGUGACGGACUACUACCCGCUGCGGUACGAGGACCACGAUUCGUACCUGAUGCCGUACGUGGUGCCCACAAGCUCGCACAUUUCGUCUUCCGGGGUGUUGUCCACGACGAAAAAUUUGCUCCCCUACCACGGCGAGUCGGUUCCGAGUCCGAUCGACUACUACGUGCUGGGGCAGCAGCUGGAUGACGCGUUCAACCAGCAGUACACGUGGCCCGUGCCGGCGCACAGCGCGGUCACUCUGGCGCUGCUGCCGGACGCGCCGCGGAACGUGCGAAGGGUGUACCCGC